AUAUCAUGUACUCCUUCCACCCAGUACUGCCUCUGCUCAUUUCUCAUUCAGCAGCGUUCAGUUUGUCGCUACGUUUCUGGUUGGGCACCGCGCACGUAACAACGCAGUCCGCAUUUUUAUCGCAACAGUCGCUAGCCGUGUUGCACCUCUCGCCUUCAGGACUACAGGCUGGGACUCGCCUUGCUGUAACAGACAUUAUAGAUGCUGUCAACGCAAUAAUAAUGGCGGGGAAGAAGAAACGCAUUGUCUGUUUAGGGUGGUAUGAUCUGUUUUAUAUCAUCAACAAGGUUUGGCAAAAUGGUUAUGCCCAGCGGACGAUACUGUGGGACUCGGGAGAACCUAUCCCAUCUAGUCAUUUCGUGGGUGUAGCGAUUCCGGCUGCCACGGAGUUCUGCCUUUGUCAUGAUUCACCAGUGACGCGGUUGUGAUGAGGCAAAGAUGCCACGUCAGAGCUAUUAGCAGCGUACCCGACUAGCCUACAAUAUUAAUUCCUGAUAAUAUCGCCUACUCUUCCUGUCUCCGCGUGGUUUGACGCGGCCUUGGCAUAUCAUCGAGUGAAAAUGACGUGGCAUAGCCAAAGCUUUAUGCAGUUUUGCUGAGGUAUGAGAGGGAAUGGAUACGAUAUGAAUGAGGCUCGAUACAGCGGGGACAAGGCUUGACACGCGAAUAAUGGUGAACCACACGUGAUAGUAUCCAAGCGUCUCAGGCUGGUUGGCCAAUGUUCACUGGAUCACCGUUAGUGCUACUAGAGGCAAAUACAGAACGC